CGCGCACGUAGCAGUGAAAGAGGAGUGUUGGGAGCGCGCACGCAGCGGGGAAGGAGGAGCAUUGCGCCUGCGCUCCUGUUUGUCCUACCGUGAGGGGGUGAGCUGCGCUGUGUGAGGAACCUGUGUUCCGUGGUGUGAGGAGAGAGGCGGCCGCUGGGAAGGCGGGAGGAGGCCCGGGAUAGUUGAGUUGCCACCGAAGCAGAAUGCCCGGCCGGGAGUGAGCAGCUUUGUGUUGUUCUUGGAAAAUUGCGCACCGAUUCUGAAUACCUUGAACUUUGGCAUUUCUAGCCCCGUCCUGUUGAGCCCCCAUUUACAACUUGCUCAGAUUAAGACUCAGUUGGCUCUUCAUCACUUGACCUCUGUCACUUCGAGCAAUACUGCCCCAAUUAAUGCUUUGUUAAAUCAAGCUUUGUUGACAAUAAGUACUGCUUGCACAAUGUAUAACCCCAGAGGAGGUUUCCCAGUUCAAAGGCAACAACAGCCAGGUCAUCCCAUGUUAAACCAGGCAAACAUAAACCAUCCAGGGAUGAAUCUCACUGGCUUAAACCAUCCUGGAAUGAAUCUUCCAAACAUGAACAACCCUCCAUUGACCCAUCCUGGCAUGGGACCUUCUGGAAUGAAUCACCCAGUAAUGGGACAUUCUGGUAUUAAUCAGUCUGGGAUGAACUUCAACCGGAUGGCACACCCUGGCAUGAAUCAAGGUGGCAUGAAUCAAGGUGGCAUGAAUCAAGGCGGCAUGAAUAAAGGUGGCAUGAAUCAAGGCGGAGGCAUGAAUCAGGGUGGCAUGAAUCAAGGCGGAGGCAUGAAUCAGGGUGGCAUGAAUCAAGGCGGCAUGAAUCAAGGCGGCGGCAUGAACCAAGGCGGCGGCAUGAACCAAGGCGGCGGCAUGAAUCAGGGCGGCAUGAAUCAGGGCGGCAUGAAUCAAGGCGGCAUGAAUCAGGGCGGCAUGAAUCAGGGCGGCAUGAAUCAAGGCGGCAUGGGCUUCCAUUCUGAAAUGAAAGGUCCUGGCUUUGGAAUAAGACCCCAAGGAAUGGACCCACCUGGGCCAUUUCUAGGAGGAGCACCAGAACCAAUGGGUAUGAAAGGAAUGCCUCUCAGAGCACCAAUGCAUGGAACACCUGAAAGAGGCUUGGGUCCACAAGCUUUCCAGCAACAACGAUUCAGUGGUCCCAGCUCAUCUGUAAGACCUGGCCCUCAAAGAAUGCAGUCCCAGAAUCCAAAUGUUGCUUCGGGUAUGAACUUGCUGAUGAAACAGUCCCCAUCGGAGAUUCCACUUCAUGAAUCUUCACGCCACUUAGGAAAUGAAAAACAAUGGGAACCACGAGGUAAUUUUGGGAAUAUCCCUCAGUCCGGUGGAAUGAAAUCAUCAAUGCCGCCUUCGCAGAUCUCUGAUCACCAGAACAGAUACACAACUGAAAGUGCGUCAAGUAUUUUGGAGAGCUUUGGCUUGUCUAAUGAAGAUUUAGAGGAACUGAGCCGUUAUCCAGAUGAUCAGCUGACACCUGCAAACAUGCCAGUAAUUCUGAGAGACAUAAGAAUGCGCAAAAUGAAUCGGCCUGUUGCUCCAGAUCAGAGUGGUGGAAGAAGACCUGCAGGCGAAGUGUUACCAAGUAAAGUUAUUGACUAUGGACAUUCGAGCAAAUAUCCGUUUAACGAGGAGUCUGUUCCAAUACGCACUUUUGACUCUUCCCGCAAAGAGGGCAAAGACUUUAAGCCUACCCCAAAAAGAAUGGAUUCUCAGAAAUUUAACAACGAGCCAUCAUCGGUGAAAAAACAGCCCGAGAAGCCCAGUAGUAACCUAAUGGAUAAUAAAAUACCAACUAUAUCUGUAACCCGUCAGAACCAGCGUUCUUCAAAGCAAGAGAGACCACAAAGCACAAAUAUAGUUGUUGAGCAGCCUGGAUUGCAGUCUGCUGUAAAGUCCGAGGUUCCACGUGUCGAACAUCCCCCAGCAUUGGCCGCCAGUCAGCCUGAAGUUCCAGCCAUUGGUCACUCUGAUACAAAGAUGGCUACUUAUCCAGAGGCUCGGGCUGAUCAUAUUCCGACUUUGGUCAGCAGGGGAAAUUACCAGCCGCCAUCUGAAGCUCCCGCUGAUGCAGCUAGAUUUCAGCAGAAUUGGACGCCGGGAUUAUCUGUGGCAGAAACGGAGAAAAUGAAGAGGCUGCCAACUCCGUCCAUGAUGAAUGAUUAUUACGCUGCAUCACCCAGAAUAUUUCCUCAUAUUUGUUCUCUGUGUAACUUACAAUGUAGAGUUUUAAAGAACUGGAUUAAGCAUCAGAAUACCCCAGCUCACAUUGAAAGCUGCCGUCAGUUGCGUCUACGGUACCCUGACUGGAACCCACAUGAACUUGCACCUUUAAGAGAUGAUGAUAAAGAUAAAGGCGAUGCAUCUUCUAACAGAUCAAAGUCUAGGAGCAACAGCCCCAGACGGUCUAGAAGAUCCGGAUCUGGUCACAGAGCACGCAGGUCACGAUCCAGGAGUCCAAGACUUUCUGGGAGGGUAAGAACUAGGAGCCGUAGUCCAAAAAGACCUGUCCGUAGCCCCAGGCGUUCACGGAGCCCCCGUCGGCGGUCCAGAUCUCCACGCCGAUCCCUUUCUCCUAGGAGAACCCGACGACUACGCUCUUCCAGAUCAGGCAGCACUUCUCCAGAUAAAAGAGCUGUUGAUGCAGCAGUGAGAGAUUUCAUUGAUCGAACUGAUCAAAAAACUGUGAACAGCAAAAACAAGCUCACAAAGUCACAAAGCAACGGAAAGAGACCACUUCAGAGAAGUUCCACCACCAGCUUGAAAACUAAGAAACCACCUGCAAGUUCUCCAUUAGCAAAUAAACCUGUUGUCUCCAGCAGUACGGCAAAGAAACCUGGCGGCGCCUCCAGUAGUAGCUACUCCAAGAGCAGCAGCAGCAGUACUACUAAGAAACCCACCAGUAGCAGCAGUUACUCUCAUGAAAAGAAACCAGGCUUCUCCAGCUUAUCAUGUAAAAAGCCAGUUGUAAGCACUGCUGCAAAGAAAACUAGCUCUGCAGCCUUGGCUGGAAAGAAACCCCCCCUGGGCAAACAUGGGGGUGCUGCUAAUAAAAAUUCCAAGGUUGAAACUAAGCCUCCACCAGCUAAAGAACCAUACACGCCCCUUCUUAAGUUCAAAAACAAACCAAAUCCAGGAACAAUUAUUCAUGUUACCAAUCUACCAGAUUCUGGCUAUACUGAUCAAGACAUCCUCAAAAUUGUUCAACCAUUUGGAAAAGUCUGUGACAUCCUUAUCAUACGUUCUAAAAAUGAGGCAUAUUUAGAAACCAAUUUCAAGGAGGCCGCUGCAGCAGCUGUAAAGUUCAGUGAGACCUCACCUGUGAUGAUCAACAACACCAGACUUACCCUGUGCUUGGCUGGACAAAAACUGGAGUCUGAAAAGAAGGAAGCGAUACCAGCAAGUGUUGAUAAAACUCCUGUUAAAACUACAACACUACCAGUGAACACUGCAAAACCAGAAAAUAAGACUACACCAAAGCUAGAUGCAAAGAAAGAUGCUUCUGGGAAAGGAGCAGCAGUUACAAAAGGCCAGGAAAAGGUCACAAAAACCACACAGGGAUCUGCAAAUACAAAACCUACCGAAAAAGCUAAAGUACCAGAUGUGAUACCCCCUGGAUUCGUCAAAUGCUAUAAGCUUACCGAACCCCCAAUGAAGGAUGCUGAUAAAUGUGUAGUCCUUAUUUCUAAUCUACCUGAGACACCAGUCACUGUGGAAGAACUUUCUAACCUGGCUAAACCCUUUGGAGGAGUGAAUGAUAUUAUCAUCAUCUCUACCCACAGAAAAGCACUCUUGGAGCUUUCAAGCAAAAACUCUGUCGAUUCCAUGAUAAAAUUUUAUGAUGUCUUCCCAUCAAACCUUAAUGGAAAUGUGCUGUCCGUAACCCUGGCUCCAAAGUUUAAGGAUUUAAAAGAUGAGGACCGUAUCUUUGCCGAUCUCAUAGAGCAAUCUCCAUACAAGAUUACACCAUCAAUUUAUGAAGAAUUUGUCUACCUUGUUGAUCUGCCAGAGAAAGGGUACACAGAGUUUUCAGUUGUCUGCGUGGGCCUUAGGUUUGGAAAAGUUGAUCACUAUGCCAUCUUCAGUAACAAGAGAAAGGCCAUUCUACACAUGUGCAGCACAAGUGCGGCUAAAGCAAUGCACAGUUUUCUGACUCAGUACCCUUGUACCAUUGGUGAAAAUGCAGUUAAGUGCGUUCUGCCCUCAAAAAAACAACUUUCAGAGGACGAAUAUGAAAUUGCUGUGGAAGAAGAGAAAGCAGGCUCUGAGACUGAAAGUAAUGUGGAUGAAACAGAAGAGGCACAGACAGCUGAUGAAAUGGCCUUGAAAGCUCAAACUGAAAGCUCAAAUUCUUAUUCUGUUGCCGCUGACACUGUGGUUUCAGCAACUUCUCCAGUUGAUGCUGUGAAUGAGCCAGCUGUAGCAUGUUUUGAGAAAGAAUCUAAAGCUGUUGAGGAAGAGUCUCUGACUGUUAUGGAACAGCCUUCAGCUGUUGAGGAAGAGUCUCCUGCUGUUGAGGAAGAAGCCCAUAUGCCUGUUGGAGAAGAUACUCAUUUAGCUAAAGAAGAAGCAUCUCAGUUGGCUAAUGAGGAAGAGACUUGCUUGGCUAAUAAGGAAGAUGUGACCUUGACUAAUAAAGAAGAGACUUCCUUAGCUAUUAAGGAGAAGAUUGACCUAGAUAACAAACAAGCUAAUGAGGAAGAGACUUCCAAGGAAGAAACUCCAACUUUUGAAAAAGAGACUGACCUAACUAUAGAUGAAUCUGCAAUGCAACAAGGCGUACAGGAUGCUUCCGAAACAAAACAAGAGAAACUGUCUACUACUGAAAAUCCUGGUCCACUCGAAGAGGCUGUUGCUCAGCCAGAGCCAACUAAGACAUUCACAGGUAGUGCAUUUCUCUCUCUCGGCUUUGGAAUUCAAGCAACUGAGGAUGGUGAUGAUGAAGAGGAAGCUGCAGAAGCACCUGACCUUGAUGUUACCUCACCAAUAUCUAGCACUGCUACAGACCCAAUGGAUGAAGAUGAACAACCUGAAAUCCAGUCAAAGCCUUGUAUACCUGAGGACUUAGAUGUUAUGGUUUCGGUAGAGUCUGAAUGUGAGGAAGAUGACAUGCCUGAACAAGUAAGCCUUAAACACCAUAUACAAAAAAUCCAAGAACCAGAGGCAAGUAUGGUUGAACUUGUUACCGCAUCUGAAGAAAUGGAAGAACCAGAAACAAAUGAUGCAUCUGUUGCACCAGAAUCAUGUGUAGACUCUGGCAGCUCAUCUCACAUUACAACCCUUCAAAAUGAACCAUCAGAGGUCCAUGCAACGGUUAGUGAAACAUGUGGUACUCACGAGCCAAAAAAUGAAAAUGUGUUAUGUGAACAACUGACAGGUACACUGAAUAAAUCAGUUGAGUUAGAAACUACAGACAAGGAAGAGUCCAACUUAAACAAUACUGAGACACAAGAGACUAAUUCAAAGACUUCCAGAACUGAUCAUUCCCAUGGAAGAGGCAAACAUUCCUCUGUGGGGAAGUCAAGCUCUGGCAAACAAACAAGCACUUCAAGGGUCAAGUCAGCCAAUGUGGAAAAAAGCAAAGAUUCAUCAACUGAUACAAAGGAAUCUUUGGAUAAACGCAACUUAAACAGGACAGCUAAGUACAAUCCACAGAAAGGAGAACUCUCUGUAACAUUAACAUUGGACAGUCAGAAAGGUUCAAAGAUAGACACGAGGAAAAAGGCAUCGGUUGAAAGGGGGCCUUCUGGCAGAGAAAGCAGUACACCAAAAUCAAAUAGCAAUCGUUCUAGCCCUUCAGAAUCAUCAAACAACUUCAAACCAAGUGCAGGCUCUUCUCAAAAGAAAGGUGGUAGCAGAAGUGUGUCAUCUGGGUCAGAUAAGGAAUCAAAAGUUACUCCUAGAUCUUGGGAAAGAGAAACAAGGUCAAGCAACAAAAAGGAUGACCGUUUUAGAGAUGAUCGCUCUAGAGAAGACCGCCCUCGAGAUGAUCGUUCCAAAGAGGAUCGUGAUCGCUUUCGAGAUGAUCGUUCUAAAGAGGAUCGCCCUCGGGAUGAGCGAUCGAAAGAGGACCGCCCCCGGGAUGAGCGUUCGAAAGAGGACCGCCCCCGGGAUGAGCGUUCGAAAGAGGACCGCCCCCGGGAUGAGCGUUCGAAAGAGGACCGCCCCCGGGAUGAGCGUUCGAAAGAGGACCGCCCCCGGGAUGAGCGUUCGAAAGAGGACCGCCCCCGGGAUGAGCGUUCGAAAGAGGACCGCCCCCGGGAUGAGCGAUUGAAAGAAGAUCGCCUGCGGGAUGAGCGAUUGAAAGAAGAUCGCCCGCGGGAUGAACGAUUGAAAGAAGAUCGCCCGCGGGAUGAGCGAUUGAAAGAAGAUCGCCCGCGGGAUGAGCGAUUGAAAGAAGAUCGCCCCCGGGAUGAGCGAUUGAAAGAAGAUCGCCCCCGGGAUGAGCGAUUGAAAGAAGAUCGCCCCCGGGAUGAGCGAUUGAAAGAGGAUCGCCCCCGGGAUGAGCGUUCGAAAGAGGAUCGAUUUAAAAGUUCUUCAACAAAACAACAGAGGAGCUCGAGAAGUGGUAGUCGUGGCAAAAAAUCUGAAAAGGAACAGGAGGAUGUGUUCCCAUUUAAUUUAGAUGAGUUUGUUACUGUAGACGAAAUUGUUGAGGAACACGGAGAUGCCAAAAAAGCAGAAGAGCAGACAGAUGUUUCUGAACUACUAAACACAUCUAGGAAAGGGAAAAGAAAAGAGAAUGAACCAUCUCCUGUAGAAGCUAAAAGAGCAAAAUCAGGGAGUCCAGAUCCACAUGUAACAAAGCAAGACCUCUCCUACGUAACGCUUGAUGAAAUAGUAGAUGAAGAAGAUGGCACUGUUGGAUCUGAACCAAGUGAGCCGUUGAGCCUAGCAAAAGAAUCACAAUCCCUUUUAACAGUUGAUGAAGUCCAUGCAGAGGAUGAUCAGCCUUCUGCUAAAGAAACACAAGGGCUUAUGACUUUAGAUGAGAUAAGUGAAGAGGAAGAUGGGACUCGUGACUCUUCCACAGCUCAUGCCCCAUUAGAAAUUUCCGAGGACUUUGUCAAAGAACAACUUUUAACUCUUGAUGAAGUUGGUGGGGAAGAGGAGGAACCGAUAUCUUCAGAAUCCUCAUCCUUGCAGACCACAAACCCAAAAGAUGAAGAGAAUAAAGUCGAACUUAAUGACUUGGAUGAUAAGGAAAUUGACCUUUCCAAAAUCUUGGAAGAUCCGCAAGUUGAGGACCAAGUGACAGUUGACCCUAAAGAGCAGCCUCUUUUGACACUGGAUGAAGUCAAAGGAGAUGACGACACAGAGUCUAUAGCAGACAUUAGCUUUAAUGAAGGAAACCAGUUUUUUACUGUAGAUGAAAUCGGGGAAGAGGAGGAAGAUUCCACAAUGGUUUUAGAGAUGAAGCCUGAAACAGGUGGAAAAGCAAAAGGCAAAACUGGAAGUAAAGCUACUAACACAAAGCCUACCCCAAAAAGAGGUAGACCGAGAAAAAGGCCCCUGCCCAAAGAUAGUGCCACGGGACCCGCCGACAGCAGCAAGAAUAAAAAAGACAAGAAAGAGACUGCAGAAGAACCUUCCUCUACUGCGUCCCAGGGACCAGAUGCUGCAAAGAGCCCCAUGGAGUCAAAAUCAAAAGCUUCUAAAGAGAGUCCAGGCAAAGGGAAAAGCCCUGCCAGUUCAGCUCCUGAAAAAGCAGAUUCAGGGAAAGAAGCAGCCAGUACCGGUGAUUCUGAAGGAACAGCGCCUGAAUCAAAGAAGCCAAAAUUAGCCCCAUAUAAUCCCUCUGUUCCAAUAGGUAUGGAAUUCCUAGUCCCUCAGACAGGAUUCUUCUGUGAGCUGUGCUCUCUGUUUUACAUCAACGAGGCAACCAAGAUAAAACACUGUAAAAGUCUGCGGCAUUAUCAGUCUGUAGAGAAACACAUGGCCAAAUCAGAAGCAACAACAGAGGCAAAAGAAUGAAGAAAUCGAAACAUUUUGGGUCCAUAGUGCAUUUUCCUUUCAUUUCUCACCAACCUGUUUUCUAAACAGUUGUUAAUAUUGUACAAAAAAAAAAAAAUAAUUGCACUCAGUCUAGACAAAACUAGAUAGAAAAUAUGAAAAAUCAUUUUUUUUUUAAUAUCUGAUUUUUCUAGUGUUUUACAUCAAUAAAUGUUCCCUGUACUCUUGGGGAGUCCAGCUGGUAAGUGUGGGGGGUUCACCUGUAUGGUAUUGUACCAUGGAGCGAUACAAGCCUGCUAUUAAGGGGGUAGUUCACCUUUAAAUAAACUUUUAGUAUUAUGUAGACAGUCAUAGUCUGAGACUAUUUGCAAUUGGUCUUCAUUUUUUAUUUUUUGUUUUUUUUUUUUCAGUUAUUUGGCAUUUUGCCCAGCAACUUGGUAUUUCAGAGUCUUAUUUACUAGGGAUGCGCCAAAUCCACUGUUUUAGGAUAAGGCCGAACCCCGAGUCCUUUACAAAAGAUUUGGCUGAAAACUAAAUCAAAUCCAAACUCUAGUUAGAUGGAAGGAUAUGCAGAUUAGGACAAGAAAGGGUUAAAUGGCCAAUUUUAAACUUCCGUGUUUAUGUGACAAAAAGUUACGU